ACAGAGAAAGACAUCUCUGGCACACCGUAUGCGCGGUGGUGAGCACAUGUCCCUACGUCACAGACAACACCCCCGUCCCGCCCACUGACGUAAAUCGUGAGCAAUCACGUCGCUCCCUGCAUACUGGGAUCACUCUAUUCCUACUCUUUGAUACAAACGCGAAUUCAACAAUUGACUUAACACAACUAUGGUGGCUGUUUGAAAAAGAGAAGGAUGGCACAGAAAGACACUCUGCUAAAUCUCUUCGCUGGGGGAUGUAGUGGUACGGUGGGAGCCAUAGUGACCUGUCCCUUGGAGGUGUUGAAGACACGGUUGCAGUCCUCUGGUCUCGCCCUCCGACCCAUCUACCAGGUCCAGCUGGGCACCCUAAACGGCACUGGGGUUAUCCGACCAGGGACUGUUACACCGGGGCUGCUGCAGGUCCUACGAUCAAUUCUAGAAAAAGAGGGUCCAAGAUCACUUUUCCGUGGUCUAGGGCCGAACCUUGUUGGUGUGGCCCCCUCAAGAGCCAUUUACUUUGCUGCAUACUCAAAAUCUAAAGAGAUGUUCAAUGGGCUGUUUGUCCCUAACAGUGGAGUAGUGCACAUGUCCUCUGCUGGUGCUGCAGCUUUUGUUACUAACUCUCUGAUGAACCCCAUCUGGAUGGUCAAGACCCGGAUGCAGCUGGAGAAAAAAGCCAAAGGAGAGAAGAAGAUGAAUGCACUGCAGUGUGCCCGCUAUGUUUACAAAACGGAAGGGAUUCGAGGCUUCUACCGAGGCCUAACUGCAUCUUAUGCCGGCAUCUCGGAGACCAUGAUCUGCUUCGUCAUCUAUGAGACAUUGAAGAAACACCUCGCCAAAAGCCAAUUCACCUCCCGGAAUGGUGAAAAGGAGAAAGGAGCAUCAGACUUCCUGGGUCUGAUGAUGGCAGCUGCUUUUUCAAAGGGUUGUGCGUCCUGCAUUGCUUAUCCACACGAGGUCAUUCGGACAAGGCUGCGUGAGGAAGGCAGCAAGUACAAGUAUUUCUUCCAGACGGGGAGGUUAAUAGCGGUGGAGGAAGGCUAUGCAGCUUUUUAUAGAGGACUCAUUCCACAGCUAAUUAGACAAAUCCCUAACACAGCCAUCGUACUCUCCACGUAUGAACUCAUUAUCCAUCUGCUGGGAGAGUCCAAGUGAAGAAAAUGCUCAGAAGUUGGGAUCUUCCUGACAAAAUAAUGGAUGCCUAACAAAACCCAAAACACACUGAGCCAAGAGACUUUUGAGAAUGCAGCGCAUACAUUGUUUUAAUGUGGUGCUACAGAGACUUUUAUGGUGGAACUAAAGCAGGUUGUACUGUUAUCCAAAGAGCUAAAAGCAUUAUUUUAUUGAAAGCUUAUUGGUUGGAGUUUUUUUUUUAAAUAACUGAAGUCGUGGUACUUAUUAAAACUCCAAACCUGUGAUAAAGGUCAUCUACUUAGAGUACUAGUGUUAAGUUAACUAACUUAUUUUAUUUUUUGUUAUUUUAUGACCGUGUUUGUUUCCUUAUUUUAGUGGUAAAUGUACCAACACACGUGACUGUGCAGGUUGACUGUUUUUAGUUAAUGAAGGGAAGCAAUGUAAUGACCUAACGGAUCGUUUUUGAGAUUUCUGCUUCAAAAAUACAUGUUCUGGUUUUGAAGGUUGAAUUACAGAGAACUGUAUGUAUAUAUACACACAUACAUCCACAUAUAAAUGUAAUACAGGCUUAUCUGUAUAUUUUCUUUGUGGGGAAAAAGAUAGUCACCUUUUACAAUACAAUGAGAACUUGAAUGCUUAUUUGACCAAUGGCUCAAUAAAAUGCAUCAAGAAACUGCAUCAGUUGGUGGUUGACAUGAAUACUGAAGGAAUUAUGUUAAUA